UCGAGUUGUCUUGGGUUCUUCCAACCGCGCGCAGUACUAUUGCUAGUGUCUAUUCUUUAAGUCUGAAGUAGUUCGUUCCCGGACGAUUUUCUUCAGCUUAACACAGUCCAUCGUUAACUCACUUUGAGAACAGCCACUAGACGGCGUGAGAAUUUUUUGCUUCGGGAGAAAAUAAUCUUCAAUCGGAGAAAUGGCAGCUUUCGUUGAGCCGCAUUUCGAUGCCUGGCAGCAGGGAGCCGGCAACAUGACCGUCGUGGACAUGGUGCCGCCGGAGAUGUUGCACAUGGUGCACCCUCACUGGAACCAGUUCCCGCCGAUGAAUCCGCUGUGGCACUCGAUCCUCGGAUUCGCCAUCUUCUGCCUGGGAAUGGUCUCGAUGAUCGGUAAUGGUUGCGUAAUCUCCAUCUUUACGAGCACUCCAAGCCUCAAAACCCCCUCCAACUUACUGGUGGUCAACCUGGCCUUCUCGGACUUCCUGAUGAUGUUUACGAUGGGACCGCCGAUGGUGAUCAACUGCUGGCAUCAGACCUGGGUCUUUGGACCUUUCGCUUGCGAACUGUACGCCUGCCUGGGAUCGCUGUUCGGAUGUACCUCGAUCUGGACCAUGACUUUGAUUGCAUUCGACCGAUACAACGUCAUCGUGAAGGGUCUGGCUGCCAAGCCAAUGACCAACAGCGGUGCCAUGAUCAAGAUCCUGGGCGUGUGGGCCUUCUCGCUGUUCUGGACUCUGGCUCCAUUCUUCGGAUGGAACCGGUAUGUGCCGGAGGGUAACAUGACCGCUUGCGGAACUGACUACCUGACCCAGACCUGGCUGAGCCGCUCGUACAUCCUGAUCUACGCCAUCUUCGUCUACUGGCUGCCGCUGCUCACCAUCAUCUACUCGUACACCUUCAUCCUGAAGGCGGUUUCGGCCCACGAGGAAUCGAUGCGUGAACAGGCCAAGAAGAUGAACGUUGCCUCGCUCCGGUCCUCGGAAUCCCAGCAGCAGAGCGCCGAAAUCAAGCUGGCCAAGGUCGCCCUGGUCACCAUCUCGCUGUGGUUCAUGGCCUGGACGCCGUACCUGGUCAUCAACUUCACCGGAGUCUUCAAGGCUGCCCCGAUCACCCCGCUGGCCACCAUCUGGGGCUCGCUGUUCGCCAAGGCCAACGCCGUCUACAACCCGAUCGUGUACGGUAUCAGCCAUCCGAAGUACCGCGCGGCCCUGUACCAGCGGUACCCGUCGCUUUCGUGCCAGUCGGACAACAGCAGCUCCAACGACAGCCAGUCGGUUGCUUCCGCAGCCACUACCGCUUCGGACGAGAAGGCCUAAGUUCAACGGCGAGGAAUCGCAGGACUAACACGGUGAUAUUUUGGCAACGAAUGCUGGACUCUUUGUAGUAGAACAAAAGUAGUUGAAUAAAUAGAAGCAAACUAGUUCGAAAAUCGAGCUUGCUCGGUUUAGACAAAAUA